AAUUAUCCUCAUAUGAACAAUAUUUUCUUAUGAACUUGAAUAUGCUACUAACGUAACAGGAAAAUAGUUAUAAAGCUAAGUGGCGUGUAGGUAUGGUUCAUUACAAACAAGGUUGAACAGUGAACACUUGUGUCUGUCACUUAUAUGUGAAUAGUAAGAUAAAUAAGGUCAAAGUUUAUCAGAUAAUUCUUCUGUUAAUGAGUAGUGAGCGUUAGUCAGUGUUUAAUAGUCGUUAAAAUGUCGAGGACAGUGCACGGUGUUUAUAUAACAAUAAUAGUGACUGUUUUAUAUUGUGGUUCAUGCAGUUGUUUACAGUUUAACCAAGAAAAUGUUGUCAACAAGAAGUUUGACAAUGAAUUAGACGCAGAAUCUUUUUUAUUGGUAGAACCUAUAGAAACAAAGAAUUAUGUGGAAAUUAUACCUGAAGAUGAUGUAAUGGUUUCCAAUAUUAAAACUGUGGCAGAACAGGAAAAUGAUAAACAGGCAGAUCGAACGAUACCAUUACGAAAAAAACGGCAAGCGUAUCAAGGCUAUACCCAGCUAUAUCCACAAUUACCAACGGGAACUCCGUAUAAUCCAUAUCAACCACAGCCUAAUUAUAACCCUUCGGCUCCUACCCCAUACACGCAAGGACCGCGGCAAUGGAGUUCAACUAACCACACCUCGUUUGGUCCGGCCCACCCUCCACAACCGGGUUACAAUCCGAAUACAGGGUUUACUCAAACUCAAGGGACUCAUAAUUAUUCGCAACCAGGAUAUCCUAACUACAACAACCAAAAUGGAGGAGCUAAUCACAAUAAUCCACCUUACAACCCAUUCACUAAUCAAUUUGGAACGGUGAAUUCAAGCUAUCCACACAAUAAUUAUAACAGGUCAAACACCCAUUACCCCAACAGUUCGUCGAAUGGGAAAUAUCCAUUCUACAAUCAGACUUUUAACUAUCUACACAAUACUGGCAGCCAUAGACCCCCAAAUGCUACACAUUCUGGUUACCCCAAUCCGUAUCCAGGUGUAGGACCAUCGCUACCCUAUCAGGGUCAAUAUCCGCAUAGCCCAUAUAAUACAACAUUGCCAUCUAGGCCGAACCAGUGGCAACCAAAUUAUCCAGGAUCAAACUAUCCGUCAUCAAAUAAUAGCUUCAAUUCGAACUUUCCAAGAAAUUCGUCUUUUGGACAAUAUCCUCAUAAUCCAACAUCACCAUACGCUAAUAACGUGACGUCACAUUCAAGACCCAAUCAAUGGCAACCUAAUUAUCCAGGGUCGAAUGGACAAUACCCGACCAAUACCAACAUGAAUCCUUAUAAUCCUUCACCAUAUGCUCCUAGGAAUUCCAGCUCCAGCUCACCCUAUGGCAACAACGCGUCUACGCAAUGGCAGCCAAACUAUCCGGGUUCAAAUGGACAAUACCCAAGCAAUACCAACCUGAACCCAAGUUAUCCUUCAUCAAAUUCUAACUAUCCCCAAAAUAACUUUUAUUAUCCCCAAACAAAUAACUCCGCGUAUGAUGACCCCAGAAAAGUGUCACCACAAAGAUUCUCUUAUCAUUAAAAAUGUUUUUUUUUGUUAUUUUUGUCUAAAUAGGCUGAAGUUUGUUUUUGUUUGAAUGUGACUUUGACUUAUUCUAAUGGAUAAAUAAAUGUUUUACCUCAUAAA